UACUCUCCUUUUCCACAACGCAGAAGAAAUUCCAAAUCCGACAAGAAGCAAAGCACAUAAAAGAAUGGCCGAUCCGACUCCGUUGCUCUCACAAUCUGCCACCGGCAGCAGCGAGGAGGAACCUCCAAAGCUUGAGAAGAGCCACCCAUCGUUCGACUCGAUGAUCGAGCAGUCGAUGAAAGAUUUGGGAUGGGCUCAGCUCAUGCAAGCCUUGCUUGUGUCGCUUGCUUGGUUCUUUGACGCGCAGCAAACGUUCAUAAGCAUUUUCACUGACACUCUACCACCGUGGCACUGCGCAAAUCUAGACGACGAGUAUUGCAACUCCACUUCUGACGUUUGUCGACUUCCGAGUAGUUCCUCAUGGCAAUGGGAAUAUCCCAAGCACGCUUCUAUAGUAUCCGAGUGGGGCCUUCAAUGCGCAAACUCAGCAAUAAAGGGCUUACCGGCUUCAUCCUUCUUCAUGGGAUGCUUCAUUGGUGGUCUGCUUUUGGCGACACUUGCCGACUCAUCGCUUGGCCGCAAAAACAUGCUUUUCCUCUCGUGUUUAGUCAUGUCUUGCUCAUCCCUACUCACGGUCUUUUCCACCAACGUGUGGAUCUACUCCUGCUUGAGGUUCAUCACCGGAUUUGGACGUGCGACAAUCGGCACAUGUGCUCUUGUGCUAUCAUCGGAACUCGUGGGCAAAAAGUGGCGAGGGAGUGUUAGUAUGAUCGUAUUCUUCGGUUUUUCAUUAGGGUUUUUAUCAUUGCCCGCGAUUGCCUAUGUGAACCGAGGUUCGUCAUGGAGAGUUCUAUACAUUUGGACGUCUGUCCCGGCUAUUGGCUACUGUGUCUUAGUUCAUUUCUUGGUUUGCGAGUCACCGAGAUGGCUCUUCCUGAUGGGACGCCGGGAAAAGGCAGUGGAAACCCUAAAGAGCAUAGCAUCACCGGGCGCAAGCAUCCUGACCAAGGGCUUCUUUGCGAUCUCACUCGAAGAGGACCCAUUGAAUAACAUGGACAUCUUCUCAGCAAUCAAGGCCUUGUUGGAGAAGAGAUGGGCCUUUUGCCGGCUAUGUGCAGUCAUGUUGGUCGGGUUCGGGAUAGGGAUGGUGUACUACGGGAUGCCGCUUGGGGUUGGUAACUUGCACUUUGACCUCUACUCGAGCGUCACGCUCAAUGCCCUCGCCGAACUGCCCUCGACCCUGCUCACUUUCGUCCUCAUAGGGAAGCUCAAUAGGAGGAGUUCUGUACUAUUCUUCACGACACUCAGCGGGAUUUGUAGUGUGAUGUGCAUUUUAGAGGGUCGAGUGUGGCAAAAGUUGCGAAUUGGCUUGGAACUAGUCUCUUUCUUUAGUGGAUGCACCGCUGUGAGUGUGUUGUUGAUAUACACAUUAGAGUUGUUCCCGACGUGCGUGCGGAACUCGGCAACAUCGAUGGUUCGGCAGGCAUUGGUGCUCGGCGGCGUCUUCAGCCCAUUGCUGGUGGCGGCGGCCGCCCGGAGAGGGGAUGGGAUGUUGUCUUAUGGGGUUUUUGGGCUGGUAAUUGGGUGUUGUGGGCUGUUUGUCAUGUGCUUGCCGGAGACAAGAGGUGGGAAUCUUUGUGAUACCAUGGAUGAGGAAGAGAGGAAAGAAAACAAAAGGGACUCUCGUGUUUUGUGCUAAACACCACUAAUCCAUGUCGUCAUUGAUGAGCGUGCCGAUUAUUCUAUUGUAUGGUUGUGGUUGUAAGAGAGAUCUUUGUUGGGGUCUGUCUUAUGGUGUUUUAACUUUUAUUUAUCCUUUGAUUUAGGUCGAAUGUUAAUGCUAUAAAAGAGA